AUGGACGACCUUUUGCCUUCGUACGAAAGCGUCAUCAAGCAGGAUCCAUGGGAGCUAGUUGCGCGUUAUCUCCCCUCGGAUGACCUGUGUUCGGCGGCUCUUGUGUGCCAAAGAUGGCACGAAAUCUUUACACCGCAGCUAUGGGGUAACCCUGCAUCGCAUUUUGGAGUGCAAAAUGACACAGUAUAUGUUGCUUUGACACGAUUUAAACGCACAUUAUACUGGUCAAGGCUAUGCGUACGGGAAUUGACGCAUACGCUCCACCUUCCCCCCGCGCACGCCGAAAUCUAUGGUGGCCCGCAUUCCGAGUGGUUACGCGACUGCCUUGAACGUCUUCCGCGACUGCAAUGUUUGAUUGUCAAUGGACUUCCUUUCUUCGACCACGGAGCACUCCUGACAUUACGACAUUCGAGCUUAUGGUGGAGACAAACCCAUCCUAACGCAUUCCCCGUAUACGGAUUGCGCCUGCUUGAUGCAUCGGCCUGCGCAAAUGCGACAUCAACCGGUCUUGCCGAGGCUUUGUCGCAUUUUCCGGAUCUGGUCUCUCUUGAUUUAUCCAGGACAUCUGCAGCAAAAGAUGAAUCCGUACUCAUCAAACUCAAGUACCUACGGAAUCUACGGGUAUUGAAGCUGAAGGGGUUGAGCUUAAAGGACGCCGACUUUUCGAUCGUUGCACCCGCUAUAGGCACUCGAGUGAGGAGUCUUGACGUAAGCGACAACCAGCUCAGCGAUGGUAGCGCCCGGCUUCUUCUGGAGUACUGUUUGAAAGAAACGAGUUACGAGACCCAUGCAACGAGAUCGCCUCUUCCCCCUGUGGAGCAUACCCGGCCCGCAGGAGAGAUUCACGAUUACGCGAUUGAAGAUCUGGAUGGCCACCUAAGGAAGAAGCUCACACAGGGCUUCGUCGGUAGCCUUGCGAUUGAAGAGGUCAGAGAUGUGGGAAUCACGCACCUAUAUCUGUCGAACAAUGGGAUGACCGUGGAAGGCGUAUCGGGGUUAUUGCGAUCGAAGCGAUUGCAAGUCUUGGACAUUGGCACGCUACCGGUCGUCGUAAGGAAUCCACGUCACUCAUUUUCAGAGGAGGGUCAGGACGAUUUACGCAUACCUGGUGUUGAGAAGCUCACCCCGGUUCUCGCGGAAUGUGCGGCAGGGAGACUGGCCUAUCUGAGGGUGAAUCACAGGGUCAUUACGGAAGACGCUCCCAUCGAGUCUGCUGCAUCUCCUCGAGCGGAGUUGGACGGAGACCUCGCUGUCUACGCUCCCUCAGACGCCCAUGAGCUUGAGAAUGUGGAGCCGCCCCAGUCCGAACUCGAUUCCAGAGACACGGGCGUUUAUGAGCUCCCGGGAGACUCUGUGCAACCCACAGAGCUCCUCGCCGCUUUACCAACGGCAGAUAAUACCCAAAGAAGUGGAAUCCAGUCCGCCGACGGCGGCAACGUCAUUUCCAAGACGCCCGAACGGGGUCCGACCAUAAAGGUGACCCCGGAGGUGCCAGAGAUCAAACGGGGAGCUGCGUACGCCCCUGAACCGGUCAGACUCGCGGAUUCUCCGCUCUCUCCGCUAAGUCCAGUCUUGGAUGCAAGUGGAGGCCUCUCGCCAGUCGCUCCCUUGUUCGAAGAUAGAGUACAACUCUCUCCAAUAGACGACGUGGGACAAGGCACGCUAAGAUCGCGGCAUAAUUCUACUUCCUACGUCGAAGAUAGAAGGGCACGUUUGGAUUUACGGCAGUCGCAGGAGAACCGACUUCACCCGGGAAUGCUUCCCAAGCUCCACACACUGGUUCUGACUGACGUACCGACAAAGACAGACGAUCAGAAAGUGAUCGACUGCUUGAUCCAGUUCAUCAAGGACUGCGCAGAGGAAGUGGAGAUCGCAAAGUUGAGAGCGAGGCACACGUAUAUGCUUCCGCCAGGAAGGAGUCGAAAACUCGCGGAACGCGAGUACGCAAGGAGCCUCUUUGCAUUACGGCGCGUAGUGCUCGAGAUGGCGCCACCCCAAGCAGCGCCUAAAAAAAUUUCGACAAGCUGGCGUGCAUAUCCAACGAAAUCAUCGACUGAAGAUCAAGACUCAGAAGCUUUUUGGGAAGCAGCAACCCAUGAUUUCUCUUUCUUUGGCGAUGAGGAAUGUGGUUUACCGAACGAUGAGCCUGGUAGUCGUCUGCCGCUUGCGGCUAUGGAUGGGUUGAUGUUAGCUCCGAACAGGCCCGCCCCCCCUCCGAAGCCUCGUCAACCGGAAAAUGGCUUCGCACCCGUGCUAGAUGUAGUGGCUGAGAUUGGAAGAUUUCGGAAAGACAGGAAGGCUGCCUACACCGUAGCAUUGCAGUUGGGCGAUCCAGACCCUUCUGUGGAGGGCUAUUGGCCUGGAGACAUUACAGUGGUAAGGAAGCCUGUUGAUCCUGACGCUGGCAGUCUCGAUUUCUAUGGGAACAGAUUUGAGUCUGGCUGGCUCUAUCGAUGA